AUGACGGCCAAUUUGUUGCCGGAGAAUCCAACGCAGAUGGAAGAAUUUCAGGAAGUGGAGAUGAGCAGCUCCUUCGCCGAGUUAGUGAAGGAGAAUGUACGGUGCGUGAAUACGACCGAGAGUUUGUCGCCGCAACUGAAGUUACGAUUGAAGAGCAUAGAUGUUUCUAUUUCUUGCAAGCAAUUUCUGAAAUGGCGCAAUACCAAGCGCGACUUCCAAUCGCCUGACUCGUACCUCACCAAGAAACAGUGGUUCUGGCUUUACGGACUGGCCUCAUGUCGAACACCAAGCGAUUGCACUGGGCGCAAUGGAGGCAGAGGAAAGUUGGUGCAACGCCACGCGGAUGAAUUUCCUAGCUCCAGACGUGUGAAGCGCAAAGAGUACAGAAUGCUGAACCGGAAGGAGAGGAAUCAGUUCCAUGCAGCUUUGAAUGCAAUGAAAUCAGACAGCAUCGAUCACCUGAGCAAGUACGAUAUUUUCGUCAGCAUCUAUAAAAGUUGGAGGUCGCCAGGUGCCAAGUUCGGGCCAUCGUUCCUGCCGUGGCAUCGAGAAUUUCUCCGAAUGUUUGAAUUGGCGCUUCGGCAGUAUGACAUCGAUUUAGCUAUCCCUUACUGGGACUCGCGUUUGGAUUAUUCAUUGCCUGACCCUAGAGCUUCUAUAAUGUGGUCGGAAGAGUUCAUGGGAAACAUGGGUCAGCAAGUAAAGCAAGGUCCGUUUGCCUUCUGGACACCGAUAGGAACUACUGGUAAACGAACAGGGCUGAACAGGUGGAACAAAAUCGAGGGAAGUGGAACCCUUCUACGGCAAGCAGAUUUGGAUUACAUGAAAACUCUGAACUCUUAUGACAAACUGACCUUCUGUGUCAAUCCGUAUUUCGAAAUGAUCAGCGAUUCGGUCCGCACAUGGGUUGGAGGCCACCUAUCCGACUUAAGUAAAGCGCCAAACGACCCCGUUUUUUUUCUCCACCAUUGUAUGAUCGAUUAUCUAUGGGAAUGGUGGCGAACCACUCAUCAAAACCCAUCGCAACGCAUCCACGACUACCCCAAUUUUCAAAAAUCCUGUAAUGAACACCAUCUUCUAUAUAACCCGAUGCUACCGUUUCUAAAGAGCAACGCUGACGGUCUAUCGAACCUCUACACACAAGAAUUUUAUCAGUACCAGCCGAGUCCAACGUGUAGUCUAAGACAUCGUUCAUGCCACUCGCGCUACCUCUUCUGUGACACCAGAGUCAGUCGGUGUGUGAGCAAAGUUGUCGCAGGGGGUGCCUGUAAGGGCUUCGAGCGCUUCGAUGUCUGCUACAGGUCAAAAUGUGUCAACGGCAUUUGCAGAGGUGAAUUAUAA